GUAGCUUUAAGUACCUGUAAAGCUGAAUAUAUGGCUUUAACAGAGGCUAUAAAAGAAGCUAUAUAUUUAUAUAAUAGCUAUAACUAUAUAAGAAUAAAUCUAGGGUUUAGUGAUUUAAAUAAACCUAGAAUAUUAAUAGAUAAUAAAGUAGCUUAA